CAUGGAAAGUUUCCAAGGUGAUGUUCCGAUGCAGGUGCCUAUGAUGAUGAGAAUGCGGGUACGGAGACAAGCAGUAGAUUAUAACUCAACGGACUGGGAGGGACCAAUCAAAAUUGAUGAGACAUAUGAUCCGGAGGAAAGUACAUGGGGCCCAAGCUGGAAUGAGCAGAGAGCUCGUCAGUUCUGUGAGAAGUACCUUACAGAAGAUUCCAUUUCUGGCAAGAAAUGUCAUGAAUAUGUAAACAAUCUGUUUCUGGCUAAUGACCUUGCAGGGUGUAUGGAGGACAUUAAGAUUACAGACAACACUACAUGGGCAGGAUCUGCUUUAGGGGCUCUGAAAGAUCAAUGUAGAGAGGAAUUGAACCAAAAUAUGACCUACGCCAAUGGAACUGGUGCAGAAACCAAGGAUGACAUAUUUGACACAAUGUGCAUUAACGAGUGUAGCAAUAACGGGAACUGUUCAAAUGGUACUUGUGCAUGUAAUGCACCAUGGGUUGGAGAGGAUUGUUCCAUUGACACCAGAAUGCCUCCGGGUCUACAGUACCUCCACUACUAUGGACUAUGUGACCUCAGAUCCAUCAGGAAUCAAAACUGUAUCGCUACCAUGGUGUAUGGAGACAACUUCCUGGAGGAUGAGAGGCUCACUUGUCACAUGGAGAAAGUCGAGGUUGAUGACACAGGGAUGCACAGUACAGGUGACACAUACACCAUACCUGCAGGGUUCGUGUCUCAGACCCAAGUAGAAUGUUACGCCAGAGAAAACAACACCAAGUACCUGAUCGGUGUUUCUAACGAUGGUGAACGUUAUGACGGGAGAUUGUUGUUUAAUGUUCAUGACUCUCUCUGCCACGAAUGCAAUACAUUUGAGCAGAACCCAACCUGUAAUAGAAAACCUGACACCUGUAUUAUCAAUGGCUUGUGCUAUGCAAGCCAGGAGAAUCACCCUGGAGAUAACUGCCUCUAUUGUAACCCUGGCAACAGUUCAGAUGACUGGAGUCAUAAAGGUAUUGAUGGUUGUGUGUCUCCAAUAAAAGAACGACCACCUACGAGUGGACCUUCCCUGGCAGUCAUCAUUAUCAUCAUAGUAGCUUCGGUCAUCACUGUACUCAUCAUCAUUGUGUCGCUGGUCUACACAUACUGUUUUAAAAGGAAGACCAAACAUUGGGAAAUCGGUUUAAACACGAGCGAUAGUGAGACUCAGACAACUCAGGGAGCCAAGCCUAACAAUGAGGUAUUUGGUAUGGCAUUAUACCAGAACAAAAACAACUUCAUCACAUUUGAAGGAGAACAACUGGGCACAGGAGGAAACUACCAUAGUUCAUCAAACAAUGACACCAUCGAUGGCUAUGAAAGACAUGCACCCCCUUCCUUUCCCACCCAGUCGAUGAACACAGAUUUGUAGAGUCGUAUGCCCCUGGGCGUACAAAGCAGAAUAGAAACAAAUGUAUAUAUAUCGUAUUCCCUCCCUGGCCCUGAUACACUAAGACAUUGAAUAGUUAUCAAUUAACUAAUGUUAGAUUUUCAUUAUACCUGAGAUCACAAAGGAUAAUAGACAGAGAAAACAAUCAUGUGACGAUCAUAGUGUAGGUCGCGGAUGGACUGUAACCGUAUUGAAACAGGGUUUAGGUUUUCUCAUACAUUAAAUGUUGGUACAAACUUCAUUUUUAUAUUGCAUUGGUUUUUAGGUUUCAAUAUAUAUUUUAUUGUCCUCUUUAGUUCAUUUGCACUCAAUAUGUGAUAUCAUUCAUGAAUAACAUUAAAAUCUUGGCUCUUUUCAUAUUGUUAUGUCUUUUCUAUCAGGAAAGUUCCAAUUCCCAUAAAGGAGGAUCUUAACUUCAAGAAAUUCUAGUUUAUUACAUAAUCUACUUGACUUUCUAUUGGUUCAAAUGUUGGUUCCUUAUUGGAACCAACAUUUGCCUCCAUUUAGAGGAGGUUUAGGAAGUCC